AUGACAGAGGACUUUUACAGCGAGAUUAAGACCUCUACAGGCGCCUUCAAAUGGUACUGCGCCGGCGAGUGGCUCGAGUCUACGAGCGCCAAGACCGUCGCUGUGCUCAACCCGUCCACGCGCCAGAAGGAGUUUGAGGUGCAGGAGGUUGACAGCGCAUUUGCAGCUGCAAAGGAGGCACAGAAGGCAUGGGCAAAGACGCCCCUGUGCGAGCGAGCUGAGGUGCUGCAUCGUGUCGCCGCCGUCAUGCGGGAGCAUGCGCAGCCAAUUGCGGACUGCCUGGUGAAAGAGAUCGCCAAGCCCCGCAAGGACAGCCUGAGUGAAGUCAUCAGGUCGGCUGAUCUUAUUGAUUACACAGCAGAGGAGGGCCUGCGCUCCCUCGGCCAGGGAGAGCUGCUGAACAGCGACUCGUUCCCAGGGCAGACGCGAAACAAGCUGUGCCUGGUGUCCAAGGUGCCCCUCGGCGUGGUGCUAGCGAUCCCGCCCUUCAACUACCCGGUGAACCUCGCCGUCUCCAAGCUGGCGCCCGCCCUCAUGGCCGGCAACGCGGUCGUGCUCAAGCCGCCGUCGCAGGGCGCGGCCGCGGGCGUGCACAUGGUGCAGUGCUUUGCGGCGGCGGGGCUGCCCAAGGGGCUUGUCAACAUGGUCACUGGCAAGGGCUCCGAAAUCGGGGACUACCUGACGCAGCAUGCGGGCGUCGACUGCAUCUCGUUCACUGGCGGCGACACGGGCGUCUCCAUCGCGCGCAAGGCGGGGAUGGUGCCGCUGCAGAUGGAGCUCGGCGGGAAGGACGCCUGCAUCAUCUGCAGCGACGCGGACAUCGGCCUGGCGGCCAAGGCGGUGAUCAAGGGCGGCUUCUCGUACAGCGGCCAGCGCUGCACCGCCGUCAAGCUGGUGCUGGUGCACAAGGACGUCGCGGACGACCUCGUGGCCAAGGUCGCCGCCGGCGUGGCGAAGCUGCGCGUCGGCGCCCCCGAGGACGACGCCGACAUCACGCCCGUCGUCAGCGAGAGCAGCGCCAAUUUCAUAGAGGGCCUGGUGGAGGACGCGCGGCACAAGGGGGCCAAGUUCCUCACGCCCUACAAGAGGGAGGGCAACCUGAUCUGGCCCACCCUGCUGGACGACGUGACGCCUGAGAUGCGCAUCGCCUGGGAGGAGCCCUUUGGCCCCGUGCUGCCCAUCGUGCGCGUCGACACGGUCCAGCAGGCCAUCGACCACUGCAACGCCAGCAAGUUCGGCCUGCAGGGCUGUGUGUUCACGCAGGACAUCAACCAGGCCAUUGCCAUCAGCGACGCCAUGGAGACGGGCACAGUGCAGAUCAACGCGGCGCCAGCGCGCGGCCCAGACCACUUCCCUUUCCAGGGCUUCCGCGAGAGCGGCAUCGGCAGCCAGGGCAUCCGCAACAGCCUGGCCAUGAUGGUCAAGACCAAGUCCACGGUCAUCAACCUCAACCAGCCCUCUUACGCCAUGGGUUGA